UACGUUUCUAGUCUGGAUCCAGGGUCUCCAAUUGGUUUUGAUGAUCCUUUUCUAACAGCGCAUACAAUAAGAAUGACGAUUAAUAUCAGCACUAUGCCACCUAAUAUUCCAACAACAACAGCGACUGAGGCGCAUCCAUCUCCCAGUUUGAUGAAACCAUUAUUGCAACUGAAACAAUUAAGGGCCAAUCAUUUGGUUGGCUCACUGAACAUUCUAUCCUCAUCAGCACCUUUUGGUAGCAAUAUUUUCUUCUUACACAUAUUACGUGCAUCUUCGUCAUCUUAUGGUUGGAAUUUCACCAUUCCAUUCAUAUAUCGUUGCUCAUGAGUAAAAUGAAAACGAAAACUUGUUAAUGUGUAUUUCCCGAAACUAAAUUCAUUACCAUUUACCAAAAC